AAAAAAAAAAAAAAAAAAAAGAAAAUGGCAACAAACAGCGCAGCAGGCAACGGUGCAAUCCAAUCCCCCGCCUUCUCUCCAACCGCCAACCCGACUUUCGCCUCUCAAGGCCAAACCCCCUCCUCGUCUUCCAUCACCAACCAAGGAGUCCCCCUCUCAUCAGAAGCCAAAGCGCAAAUCUUGGGCACAUCAGAUGCGUCAACUGCUGGUAGCAGUGAUGCCAAAGAAGAAGGAGGAAAAGGCGCAAGCGAACACGCCCCCGGCUCCAGCGCGCAGGAACAGGGUGUUGCUGCUGAGGAAGGCUGGAAUGAGGAGGUGAAGGAUUUGGAGAGGAGGAUGGGUGAUGGACAAGGAGGGAGCGGACUUGGACGUUGAGAGACUUGGGGGAUAUAGGAGACACGGGGCGGCGAUGAAAAACGAAGAGGCGAAGCAGAGUGACCGAAUGGGUAAUACUAGCUAUGGGAUUACAGGACCAGCAUUACUUGUUAUGAUGGGCAACGAUGAUGUUUCGAUAGAUGAUGACAUUGUUACCCGAGUUUACGAAUUGCAAAGACGAGUUAAAUA